CUAACCCAUAGCUAAUCACUUGUAUUAAAAACAAAACCGAUAGCUAAUCACAAUCCGGUAUCAACAUUUCCAGUUAGAUAACAAUUAAUAUUUAACCAAAAAACGUUAUUUACUUUUUUUUAUCUUUUUGGUAAAUGGGAAAAAGGGAAAAUCAUUGGGGAGGUAUCCGGUAGGUUUGACCAAUGACCAGUGCUGGAGUUGAUUGCGAAGGCGUUUCUUUCUUCCUUCCCAUCCCAAAAUUUUCCUACCUUUCCAUUUUUUUAAUAAUAAUUAUUCCUCUACUAAUCUCUUUCUGCUGCUGCUGCUGCUGUUUACUUUUCCUUUUUUUCUGUCUUCUCUUCUUCUCCUCUCCUCUUUUUCCUCCAAAUUUCUUUCCAACACACUUCCUUCUCUCCAUUUAUCGCUGUGGAUUUGUUUCCUUAACAAAGAAUUUUGAAUUCAACUUUCCCAGUUGUGGAAUUUCCGGUGGGUCUUUGGUUCUUCCCCCCUUUGGAUACACGCACUGCAAAAUCAAGCAAUCAAAUCCCGAACCCCCAACUUCCCUUCUUUCUGAUUGUUCAGCUGCAACUUGCAUGACUCUGUUUCUUCAGGUAAUUCCGUUUCUGUGCUGGUUUUUAGUUUUCUUUUCAUAUCAUCUGGUCACUUGAUUAGGUUGGGUGGCUUCAUCCUGAUCUCUCUGCGAUUAACUGGACGACCUCAAUUUUCUCCAUCGGAGUUUAUCGAGUUUGUUUGCUACCCAUUUUCUUUGGUGGCGAGAGGUGUGCGGGGUUUUUUUUUCUUCUUUUUUGCUGUACAUUUUUUAACCACUUGACCCCCCUUCUGUUUGUUUUUUCUGGCUAUGGUGAUUUGGGUUUUCUGUUGGUUCUUUAGGUAUUGAAAGCUGUAGUUUGAAAUAAAUGGAACGAAACUGACUCUGAUUUAAUCGAGGUGGGGGGCAUAGUUUUUCUUAUAGGUUAAUGGGUUAUCUCAUCCCCUCCAGUUCGUUUUAUUUGUUACUAUUAUAUAUAUUCCACUCUUUCUCGGUUUCGAAUUAGACCGGGGUUUUGGAUCUGGGGAAUUUCAACUGAGCUGCUGAUUUCAUUUCUGCCUUCUUCCUCCAUGAAUGUUCAUCCUGUUGAUUUACCACUUUGUACCAAUUCUGUCCCCUCUCCCUCUUUCAAUUGAUGCCCCUUUUUAAUUUCAGGUACUGACGAAUUAACUCAUAACUUCAUGACAAAUUCUGCAGUUACCAUUUAGUGCUGCAGAAAUGUUUUAUAAUUUGUAUUAUUAUUACCUGACUCUAUGAAUUUCUGCAAUUUUGAUAAUGGGCAUACUUCGGUUGAUUAAGUUUUAUGUAAACUCUCAGUCUAAAUAGCUGCUCUCCAAAUUCUACAUGGGGUUUGAUAGGGGUAAUAUAUGUUCUUGUUCUUGUAAUUCUUAGUCUAGUAUCUGCUGUUAUAGGAACGAAAAGUUCAAUAGUUGAUUGGUUAGGGGUGCCCGAAUGAUCUUAUGAUGCUCAUCAUAAUCCUCUUCAGACUUCAGCUAACAAUGCUCCCAAUUCAUUCAUUCAUUUCUUUGUGCUGAUUGACUGUGGCGAUGACAUUUGUUUGUGCUGUGUUUUUACUACAGAACACCAAAAAUCCUCUUUCAGCAGCCAGAGACUAGAAUGGGGUGCUUCACAGUUUUAAGGAACAAGAAGAAAAGGGCUGAAUCUAGAGUUGCUAUCAAACCUGUUAAUCCCAAAGACCAAACAGCGUCACCAACAACACUGCCAGAGCCCAAACUCCCGAUCCGAUCCUUGCAGUCUGCACCUCCCAGCUUUAGGACCCGUGUUAAGCCAGUUCAAUCUGACCACAAACCAACCAACAAUAGGGCCCGUGCUUUGUCUGCUCCAGAAAGUCUUGAUGCAGCAGAACAGGAUGCACUUAUAUCAGCUGAAUAUGAUGAACAUGAAGAAUCGAAGAGCCGAUGUGGAGGCUUAAUGACAAGGGAACAUCGAUCCCCAAGCCCACAGCCUCUUCCUCUACCUUCGCCUCAUUAUUCUGGGUCCUUAAAACCCACCAAUAGCUUCAAAUUAAUAAAUGGCAGUGGACCUCUCUCAUCCUGUGGACCUCUGCCUCUGCCUCCCAGUGGAACUCACAGUGGCUCAUUGAAGAGCUUUUCGUUUGAUGAAGUUGCAUCAGCUUGCUGCAAUUUCUCGUCGGAUCAAUGUGUGUCGGAAGGUCUUUCUUCUAUCAUAUACCGGGCUUCCUUUGGUAGUGAUGUAUCAAGUUCAAAGAGGUUUGAAGCUACUGUUACUCGUCUUCAGUCCUCCCCACAGGGUGUGAAGGAAUUUAUAGGUGAGGCAAACACCCUUGCAACCUUGAGGCAUCCCAACCUGUGUAAAUUGCUCGGUUACCAUGCACGCGAUGGAUCAGAACAGAGAAUGUUGGUGUAUGAGAGGCUACACCAUGGAAGCUUGGACAGGAUUUUGUAUGGAAGAUCUGAUGGCCCACCAAUUGAUUGGAAUGCUAGGAUGAAAAUUGCUCUCUGUGCUGCACAAGCUCUAACUUUCCUUCAUGAAGAAGGUCCUUUUCAGGCAAUGUACAACGAAUUCUCUGCUGCCAACAUACAGAUUGACAAAGAUUUUAGUGCGAAGCUCUCUGGCUAUGGUUGCGUUGGUCAGCUUCCUGACACAGAAAUCCCAAGUAGUUCAGUGGCUGUGGGAAACCUCUCGGUGGAGACACUCGAAAGGGGUCUGCUAACUCCGAAGAGCAAUGUGUGGAGCUUUGGUAUCAUUCUUCUCGAACUACUCACCGGACGGAAGAAUCUCGACAGCCGACACCCAAGGGAAGAAAGGAACUUAGUCAAGUGGAGCAGACCUUUCUUAUCUGACGAUUGUAGGCUAUCCAUGAUUAUGGAUCCUCAGCUAAAGCAGAGGUACCCCAUGAAAGGAGCAAGAACUGUAGCAGGCAUUGCCUUGAGAUGCCUUCAGAAGGAUCCACUCGAAAGGCCAACAAUGAGAACUGUCGUGGAAAACAUGAGGGCGAUACAGGACAUGAAAUACUCGUGCCGCUUCCCACUUCAAGAACCGGAUACGGUUCCUAAUCGAAAGCCGAUGUUGAAAUCUCCGAGUUUCAAUACAAUCAUUGCCACCCCAGCUCCAACAAGGUUGAGUUUCUCACUCUCGCCACCACCGUCGGGAGCUCAUCAUCCUCAUCUUGCUGCUUCUCCAACUAGGGUUUCAGCGUUUUCGGGGUCACUCCCUCCACGAGCUUGCUCGUCAACCGUUUCAUUGGACGAGCUGGAACGUGUUGAAAGUCGGAGAUCAUCGAGUUCUACUGUUCGGCGAGCUAGUGUAGAGGGGUUCUGAUUUGUUAAUAUUAUGUGUGGGGGAGGGGGGGCGGUUGGGUUCGGCUCGUUGUCUCUUUGGUCCUAAAUCCUUCUGAAUGAUUCAACAGAGAAUGUUAGAGGACUUAAGGAAAGGUCUCGAUGUGAUGUGGUUAUUCCCACCUUCACGUUAUUUGAAAUGGUGGUGAAGAAAUAGAAAGGGUGGCUGCUACUACUGUAAGCUAGCUCCCUCCUAUUCUGUAGAUAAGAAACAGCGCCGAUUGACUUGUGGAUGGAUGUUAGUAAUGCAAUCUAUAGUGGCUAUUUAGUUUGGUUAUUUCUGGGGAGUGACUGGCUACAGAAAAAUUCAUCUGAAAACUCAAAUGGCACUGGAACAAAAGACUAAGAGGUAAACAGAUGGAAACUUUUAUGCCAUUUGAAUCACUUGCUAGUGGGGAUGGAACUUGGAAGCCCGUAAUAGGAACAUGGGGCAUUACUUCCUCUAACUAUAAUUCAAGUUCAUCAGUUAAUUCAGCUUUGGAACUGAAACCAAGUUCUCACUCAAAUGGUACUGGACUAAACUCUUACCUUAGCG